UGGAGGAGCCGCGCUCCUCCCUGCAGGUGUGCGCACGCUUGUGUGUUGGAAAAACAUCUGCGAACCUGUCGCGCUGCUUUCCGUGGGUCAGCCUGGUCUGUCUCGCACGGACCUCGAAAACACCCCAGAGCAGUGCCCGCCCGGAGCUGGCUCUGCGAGUCGCGGGUCCUCAGCAGCGCCACACGGACACGGACACCGAGGGAGGCGGGCAGCCCGUAUGCAAAUGUCCGAGGGGCCCAGGGCUGCCCCUCCCGUUGGGAUAAAAGGCGGGGCGGGGCGCGCACCGGACCGUAGAAGCCGCUGCCUCCCGGGAGCCGGCGGUGCGCUCCGGCCGAGCCUCCCGCCCCGUGUCCCCCGCCGCGCGUCGUCUACAGCCCAGACAAUCUCCCGCCGCUCCUGACUUAGAAACAUGUCCGAGUUUUGGCUUAUUUCGGCCCCUGGCGAUAAGGAAAACUUACAAGCUCUGGAAAGGAUGAACCAUGUCACCUCAAAGUCCAACCUGUCCCACAACACCAAGUUUGCCAUCCCUGACUUCAAGGUGGGGACCCUGGACUCCCUCGUUGGUCUCUCUGAUGAGCUGGGGAAACUCGAUACCUUUGCUGAAAGCCUCAUAAAGAGAACGGCGCAGAGUGUGGUGGAGGUCAUGGAAGACUCCAAGGGCAAAGUCCACGAGAACCUCCUGGCCAAUGGAGGUCUGAAGGAAAAGAUGAAAUGUUUAAAGAUUGACCUGACAUCCUUCGUGACACACUUCGAGUGGGAUAUGGCCAAAUACCCUGCCAAGCAGCCGCUGGUGAGCGUGGUGGACACACUGGCCAAGCAACUGGCACAAAUCGAGACAGACCUGAAGUCCCGCACAGCCGCGUACAGCGUUCUGAAGGCCAACCUGGAGAACCUGGAGAAGAAAUCCACGGGGAACCUCUUCACUCGGACACUGAGCGAUAUCGUCAGCAAAGAAGACUUCGUACUUGAUUCGGAAUAUCUUAUAACCUUGCUGGUCAUCGUUCCCAAGUCAAGCUAUGUACAGUGGCAGAGGACAUAUGAGUCCCUAUCCGACAUGGUGGUCCCUCGGUCAACCAAGCUGAUCGCCGAGGACAGCGAGGCCGGCCUCUUCACAGUGACUCUCUUCCGCAAAGUGACCGAAGAUUUCAAAGUUAAAGCCAAAGAAAACAAGUUCAUUGUCCGGGAAUUUUACUACGAUGAAAAAGAAAUUAAAAGAGAAAGGGAGGAGAUGAACAGGUUGCUGUCUGAUAAGAAACAACAGUAUCAAACUUCCUGUGUUGCUCUUAAAAAGGGAUCAGCCACCUACCGGGACCACAAGGUUAAGGUAACCCCGCUAGGUAACCCUGCUAGGCCCGCUGCGGGGCAGACCGACAGAGACAGAGAGGGCGAGGGUGAGGGACCUCUGCUGCGCUGGCUCAAGGUGAACUUCAGCGAGGCUUUUAUUGCCUGGAUCCACAUAAAGGCCCUGAGAGUAUUUGUGGAGUCUGUGCUCAGGUAUGGACUUCCAGUGAACUUCCAGGCUGUACUCCUGCAGCCCCAGAAAAAGUCAGCCACCAAGCGCCUGAGAGAGGUGCUCAACUCCGUCUUCCGGCACCUGGAUGAGGUCGCCGCAGCCAGCAUACUGGAUGCGUCUGUGGAAAUCCCUGGACUGCAGCUGAGCAACCAGGACUAUUUCCCCUACGUGUACUUCCACAUCGACCUCAGCCUUCUGGACUAGGUGGCCAGCCUGUCUCACUGCAGCCUCAGACCGUGCUCUAAGCCGGACAACCACGUCCUGCAGGAUUCUGACUCACGAGAUACUCACAGACGUUAGUUAAGAGUGUAUUUAUUUUUUUAAGUUACAAUAAAAUGCUCAGUUCUGAGUC